GUCCCGGCGACGGCCCCUGCGGAGGACAAGGAGUCGGGCCACGAGACGCCGACCAAGUACGCCUACGUGCAAGAGGCGUACAACAGAGAGUACGGCAAGGUGAUCAGCCAGCUGGUGGCCACGGUGAGUCCGCCCAAAACUGCGGAUGACCCUGAACCAGCUUUGCGGGCCUCAGCCCCCGACCCGCCGGGCCCCGAGGAGUUUCCCAGGAGCUGCGUCCGGUUGGAGAAGGUCCUGGGCGAAGGGAACUUCGGCCGUGUCUGGAAGGCCACGGCCGUCGACCCCGGCGGCCCCGCUCGCACCGUGGCCGUUAAGACGCUCAAGGAGUACGCGAACAACGAUGAGAAGCGGGACCUCAUCCGCGAAAUGCAAGUCAUGCGGGAGCUGGGCAAGCACCCCAACGUGGUCGAGUUCCUCGGCUGCUGCACUCGAGACGAGCCGCUGCUGCUCAUCAUGGAGCUGGUGUCCCGGGGCAAAUUGCUGGGCUUCCUGCGGGAGCACCGGGCCCGGGGCGCGUACUACAACAGCCCCGAGUGCGACGGCGCCUUGGGCCCCAGGGACCUGGCCCAGUUCGCCCAGCAGGUCUCGCAGGGCAUGCACUACAUCGGCAGCCGAGGGAUAAUCCACCGGGACCUGGCCGCCCGGAACGUGCUUGUCGACGAACACGGCUGCUGCAAGGUCGCCGACUUCGGACUCUCCAGGAGCAUUAGGGACUCCGAGACAGACGUCUACCACCAGAAGUCCAAGGGCGCCCUCCCGGUGCGGUGGAUGGCUCCGGAGUGCUUGUACCUUCAGGUGUUCACCUUCAAGUCCGACGUCUGGGCGUUCGGAAUACUGCUGUGGGAAAUCGUCACUUUGGGCUCGACGCCCUACCCCGGCCUGGGCGCUCAGGAGGUGAUCCGCCACGUGCGCGACGGUCACGUGAUGUCGCAGCCGACCCACUGCCGCUGGGAGCUGUACCGCCUGAUGAGGGCCUGCUGGAACCCGAACCCCAACGAGAGGCCCAGCUUCGAGCAGCUCUGCUCCGACCUGGACAGCCUCAUCAAGCUGAACGCCGGUUACAUCGACCUGGACAACUUCCCAGAGCAUGCGUACUACAACGUGUACUACGGCGUCGACGAGAAGCUUUGAAGGGCCGUCGACUCGCGGAGGCGCCGCGCAUGCGCCUCAGUUGCCGCUCUGCCGUCGCCGGUUGUUCUUCGCUCUACGAGACGUCAUCCACGAAGCGCACGGUCCCAAGAUGCCGGCCUCGUCCUUCUGGAAGAGGGUGUGAUUCCGGAGAACUGUCCCGGACGUGCAUCGGAACUUGCUUCGAGGGGCUGGUCGGCAAAAGACGAAGUUGGGGGUUUCCAUGCCCCUCGGUCUGCAACAAACGCCGGCGUCAUUGUCUUGACGGUGGCCACGGGCCGGAGAUUUCCUGGUUUCUGUAGGUUGCUGUGUGCGGUUUAACAAACCGAUGAUGCGAUUUUUUUUUUUUUUUUUUUGUAAGUAAACUUGCGUUGAUUGAAGAACUCA